AUGAACGUUCAAACUUCUCCUGUUUCUCAAAACAACAAGAUUCCCCAACGAAGAAAGCUCACUCUCACAGACGAGUCGAAGCAUCCCCAUCUGGCUCAAAUUCAUGAAGUCCUGCAUAACAUCAAGCACGAAGUCAAGGAAUCCUAUGAACAACAUCGUCAAGAAAAAGAAGAACGUCGUAGCAAGAUUCCUCAAGAUGGAAAGACCAAUCCCAUGGAGUAA